AUGGACAAACAGACACUAAUGAAGACAUUUUGGAAUGAAGACUUCUGGCAGAACCCUUGGGAUCAGGGGGCCCUGGUGGUGAUUGUGCUAUUCAACUGCACAGUCCUGUUUCUCAUCUUCUUUGCCAUUGUGUUUGGUUUAUUCACUUCUACAGAGGACAUCCAGUGUGAAGAGAAAUGA